UAAUUUUCUGUUUGAAAAAGGGGUUGAAAAAAAAAGAAUAAUAAAAAAAUUUUCUACAAAAAGUUUUGAAAAAAAUCACAGGUGAAAAAAUAUGGAUGAAUUAAUGCGUCGUGGUUAUGAAUCAUUCGUCAGGAUUGAUGAAGGUGGUCAAGCAAAAGUAUAUAAAUCAGUUAAACAAACAAAAUUAUUUGCCAUUAAAGUUGUUCAUGUUGAAGAUCCAAAUAAUCCUCGGUUGGAUGAUGAUUUGAAACGUGAACUGCAAAUCAUCCGCAAUGUAAAACAUCCUAAUUGUGUCCGGUUGGAAGAAUUACUUCGUAGUAAAGGUAAAAUUUAUAUUAUAAUGGAUUUUAUGCCAAACGGUACUAUUGGUAGUUGGGUUAAAACACAUGGUCCGAUUUGUGAAUGGAAAGCACGUGCAUGGUUUUGUCCAGUAGCACGUGCUGUUAAAUAUCUACAUGAACAUAGAAUUGCACAUAGAGAUUUAAAAUUGGAUAAUAUCCUUUUGGAUUCACAUUGGAAUCCAAUGGUAUCGGAUUUUGGUUUUAGUCGUUUUGUUAGAUUAUCUGAUUCUGGUCAAGUAGUUAAAAGUGAUACAUAUUGUGGUACAACAUCAUAUAAUCCACCUGAAGUAUUAAAACAAACACCAUAUGAUCCAUUUGCAGCUGAUAUUUGGUGUUUAGGUGUUAUGUUAUUCAUAAUGAUAAAUAAAAUUUAUCCAUUUGAUCGUCAUGAUAAACAAAAAAUGUAUGAAUGUCAACUGAAUAGACAAUAUAAAUUACAAGAUAGUAUUGAAGAAAAAUCAUCAAAUGAUAUUAAAGAUUUAAUCCGGAUAUUAUUGGAACCAGAUCCCGAACAUCGUCCAAACAUUCGUGAAAUUUGUGAACAUCCAUGGUUUCCAAUUGUAUUAAGAGAAAAUGAAAUUUUAUCAAGUCGUUCAAUGAUUAGUUUGAAAAGUGUACGUCGUAAUGCUGAUUCUUGAAUCCGAAUGAUGAUUAAUGAUAACAUACCCAAAUGUCUUUGGAUGGCUCCCCAUCGAUUCAAAUUCAAAAA